AUGGCGCCGAUUCCGGAGAAGUAUCACUUGCUCAAAGAUGAGGAUGAUUCCUCGACUAGUCAUCGCAAUUCCGGUGGAGAGGAACUUACCGGCCAUGCAUACCUCCAGCGACAAGAGGAAGAGGGACUCAAAUCCCGGUUCUCGAGGAAAGUGACGCUGGUGAUCGUGGCCGUCCUGUUUGGAGCCUCCGUCCUCUCCAAUAUUUUGAUGGCACUGGCUUUGACAAAAACCCACGACCAUGUGCCCUCCCAGCGAAUUACUAAAUAUGCGGGAUUGGCGGAUGAUCAUCCGGUUGCGUGGCAGGCCUCCACCCCGUACAGCACCGAGAGCAUCUCUGAGAGUGACCAUGCCUGGGUCAACAUGGAGAUUGACUAUAUCAAUGUGGCGCUUUCAAAGGAGGAGGCCAAGGAGAAAGGUCUCCCUCCGUCGGCAAAUUUCCCGUGGGAUACUAACUACAGCGUCUACAUGAUUACUUCCAUGCACAGCCUGCACUGCCUGGUACUCCCCCCCCCCUCUGCCCCUGGUCAUACCAUGGUUGUAAUUCAUCUAACUCCGAACCGUAAGAAAUCUCUCCACCGAUCCAAUCUCGAAUACCGCAAAGGAGUGAAGCAAAGCUACCCAACGGAGCAUCUCAUCCACUGCCUCGACAACGUCCGUCAAGACAUUAUGUGCGCCGCCGACGACACCCCGCGCUACAUCCCCGUCGAUGCAACGGGCACGGCCACCACUGCCGUCGGCCAGUACCGCCAGUGCAAAGACUGGGAAAAGCUGCGCCAGUGGAGCAAGGCGAAUGACGCCUGUUUUAGUUACAACGAGCUGAUCCGCCAUGAGCUCCUGGAGGAUCAGCCAUUCCCCCACGCGUUGCGGUUCUGCUCCAGGGAUAGCAAGUUCUUGCCCACCGUGCAGAAGUUUUAUAAUCAGUCGAGCGACUGGGUGCCGGUCAAGCCUGAUCCGCCCUAUCCGGAAGUCGGGAUACAGUUCGAUGGGUAUGAUCAGUAUACUUGA